AUGUGUCUCUAUCAAUAUCUCAUUGCAGUCAGGCAAAGUGAUGGACAGCAAUUGACAUCAGAAGAUGGAGAAACAACGUCACAUUUGCUGGGAAUGUUCUACAGAACGAUCAGGCUUGUGGAAAAUGGAAUAAAACCAAUGUAUGUUUUCGAUGGAAAGCCUCCGGUGUUGAAAGGUGGAGAAUUGGAAAAACGAAUGAUCCGGAAAAAAGAAGCUUUGAAGCAGCAGGAAGACAUAAAGGACACUGCCACGGUAGAGGAGAUGGUGCGGUACGAGAAGCGGUCGGUGAGAGUCACAAAAGAGCAAAAUAACGAAGCCAAGAAACUCUUGGAAUUGAUGGGAAUACCCUAUGUGGAUGCGCCGUGUGAAGCUGAGGCCCAAUGUGCCGAGUUGGCUGUUGCUGGCAAGGUAUUUGCUGCUGCCUCGGAAGAUAUGGAUACGUUGUGCUAUAGUCCGCCAUAUCUUCUUCGUCAUUUGACAUUUGCUGAGGCUCGCAAAAUGCCCAUCGAUCAAAUCGACUAUAAAAAGGCAAUGGAGGGCCUUGAAAUGGACAAACAGACAUUCAUUGACCUAUGUAUUCUUCUUGGAUGUGAUUACUGUGAAACCAUUAAGGGAGUGGGGCCUGUUACUGCGUUUAAACUCAUCAAGGAACAUGGCUCUUUGGACAAUAUUGUCAAGUGGAUAGAAGAAAACCCCGACAGCACCAAAUUUAAAGUUCCAGAAAACUGGCCCUACGCAGAAGCUCGCGAGCUUUUUUUGAACCCAGACGUGAGUCCUGGAAAGGAAAUCAACUUAAAAUGGCAGGAGCCCAAAGUAGACGAAUUGGUGGAAUUUAUGGUUAAACAAAAAGGGUUUAGCGAGGACCGUGUACGGAGUGGAGCCGAAAAACUCAAGAAAGGAUUGAAAGGAGGGGUCCAAGGACGCUUGGAUGGGUUUUUUUCUGUCGUUAAGACCGAAAAACGAAAGCCUGAGCAAGAUAAAAAGACAAAGGGAAGCAAGAAAGCAAAGAAAAAGUAG